AUGGAAGUAAAAACUAGAUUUGAAAGUAAACGUGCAUUUAAGAAACAUAUUAGAGGUUAUUGUGUUGCAAGUAGAUAUCAAUUUAAGUUGGAUAGAAGUGAUCCCACCAGAGUUAAGGCUGAGCAUAGGUUUAAAUUAGAACAUGAAUGUCCUUGGUUUGUGUAUGCUAGCAAGAAGGAGGAUGAGAAGACUUUUGUCCUUAGGAAAGUGAAUUUGGAAGACACUUGUCCAGGAGAUCACAGAAAUAGGAAUAGAUCUGCUGAUCCUCAUUUUGUAAAAGAUUUUGUGCUUGAUAAGUUAAAGAAUAAGCCUAAAAAAGUUGUUCCAGACCCUUAUAAAAUCAAGGAAAACUUCUUAGCUGAAAAGAAAGUCAAUAUACCAUAUCAGUGUGCAUGGAAGGAUAGAAAUCUAGUUUCAGAGUCAUUUUAUGGGAAUUACAAAGAGAGUUGCAAUGAAGUACCAGCCUUUUGCACAAUGUUUACCAAGUGUAAUGAAGGCUAUGUUGCUAAGUUCACAUUUGACACUAAGAAUAACACAUUUGAAAGUAUGACAUUGUCAUUUGAACCUUCAAUGGGAGGUUUUCGCAAAGGCUGUAGGGGAGUUAUAGGACUUGAUGCUUGUCAUCUAACAGGAGAGUUUGGGGGAGUAUUGAUGUCUGCAACUGCACUUGAUGGACAUAAUGGGUUAGUAAUGUUGGGGAUUGUGGUAUGCAGAGGUGAAACAAAGGAGAAUUGGAUAAUUUUUUUGAAGCAUUUGCGGGAUGCCAUCCUAGCACAUCCAGUGAAAGUGGCUUUCAUUUCAGAUAGGCAGAAAGGGUUAUUGGAAGUUGUUCCUAUAAAUGAAAGCAUGCAUUUAUACAAAAAUUUCAAGAAGUAUUACAAGGGUCUUGAAUUAUAUGAAUCUUUGUGGAAUGCAGCAAAAGCAUACAAAGUAAAGCAUUUUCAGGAACAUUUGGACAAUAUUGUCAAAGAGAAUGCUGAAGCUGGUCUUUAUCUUGACAGAGAAGAUCCUGCUACAUGGUCCAGGGCCUUUUUAACCCUAUUCAUUGUUGUGAACAUAUGA